ACUUGAUCUCCGUUACGUGGUCAUGUAGCGCCAUCAAGUGCUCGACUUUCUGGCACUGAGCAUGUUGCUGUCAGAGGUGGAGGAGCGCGCGCAACGAGCUGCGGACGAGGUGAAGCGGAUCCAAGGGGAGGCGGAAGAAGGUGCAGAGAAGAUUGCACAGGAUGGAGAAGCUGAGGUAGAAGGGCUGGAAAGAGAGCGGUUGGAGCGCCAGAAAGCGCAUGAGGCAAUGCUGCAGCAGCUCCAAGAAGAAGUGCUGCGUGUGCGCGAGGUGGCCAACGAGAGGGUUGAGGAAAUCGAGGCCCAGAUGCAGGCCGAGGAGGAGGCGGUGGAGAGGGAGAUUUUGCAGAAGGCUGAAGAGCGUGCCGAAUCCCUUCGUUUGAUCAAGGAGGAUGCGGAGAACAUGUCCUCAGCCGCCGACGAGCAGUACCAGCUCUGCUUGGAUCAAGAGAAGCAGGCACAGGCUCGUGCGCGGCAGGCUCUGGCGGAGAUGGAAAGGAAGAGACGGCAGACUGUGGAAGAGGCUGAGCAGAGCUGUCAGCUUCUGACGGCUUCCUCCCGCCGGCGCUUGGAAGGCGCCCAGGCGGACCUGGCCCAGCGCAUCGACCAGUUGCUCCGGAAUGCAAUGGCUGCCAGAUUGCGGCUACAGGACACGCGAGAGACGGUGGACGCACAGUGGGCGGAGGAGCUGAUGAAAUUACGCCAGGAGGCCCGUGACCAUCGCUUGGAAGCCGCUCACGGCCUGGAGCAGGCCCGGGCCGCGCGCGCGGAGCUGGAAGCCACGUCGCGGGGAAGAACUCUACAAGCUGUGGAGGAGUGCAAGCUGCUGAGGCAGCAGCACAUGAAGGCGCUGAGAGGCGCGGCGCAGGACCUGGACGAGAUCCGGAAGGGCUUGGGCCUGCAAGCCCGCAGCACCAGCCUGGUGCAGAGCCUGAAGGAGCUGUCGUGGAAGCUGCGGCAGGGGCAGAUGAAGCAGCAACCGCCCAAGACGCCAGCCCCGUGAGCUGUGCGAUAGACUGCCCAGGUGCGCUUGCGAUGUUCACGAGUCUUGAUUCCGGCA